CUCUCUCUCUCUCUCUCUCUCCCCUGCCACUUCCAUUUAUUUUCUCAUCCAGGGUCAUCACAGAGAGAGAGAAAAGCACACACAGACACAGAGAACAGAAGAAGAGAAAGAAGAGAAACAAAGAAUCUCACACUUCCACAGAACCAGAGAACAUAAUCAACAACAAACACCAUCUCAUUCUCACAACCUCACCACACCAAACCAAACAAAUCCUCUUCUUUUGUUUUCUCUUCUCUGCCACUUUCUCUCUCUUAUACCAUUUUCUCUGCGCAAAUGGAGGUGAUAGCUCUUUACAAGCUUGAAUCUCGUGGGAUAGUGUAGUUCCCUCGAAAGUUGUCAACUUUGAUACUCGCUUGUGCUCCCUUUGUACCUUCUCUCUCUACCUUUUUUCUUUUUAUUCUCUCUCUCUCUCUAAAAAUCCUCUGCCGGAGGAUGGCCAGCCAGUGCCGGGAACUUACUGUAGUGAACUUGGAUCCAGAGAGAAAGCGAAGUGGGGGUUUGAGGACUAAACAGGCAGGAAGAGGAUCGUGCCGUGGUAGUUAGUUUUUCAGAGAAAAAAUGCGCCCUUUGUUCUUUAUCUGUUGGUGAAUGCUAGUGUGACUCCAUUGCUUCGGAAAAAAGGAAAACUUUCUCGCGGUUUUGGAACCCCUUUUGUCGGAAGAAAAAUGGGGUUUUUGCUGAAAGAAGCUUUGAAGACUCUGUGCUCGCGGAAUCAGUGGUCUUAUGCUGUGUUCUGGAAGAUCGGAUGCAAUAAUUCCAAGCUGUUAAUCUGGGAAGAUUGCUACUAUGAACCGUUGCCAUCUGCUUUUCCUCAGCGAAGCACGUCUAAUUUGCCUUUCCAAGAUGGGGAAGGAUGCUGGUUUUCUUCCCAAUCUCAGCAAGGAGGGAUUCAGGAGGAGGAGAGAGUCUGUUCAUUGAUUAACAAAAUGAUGGCAAAUAAUUCAGUCAAUAUUGCUGGUGAAGGGAUAAUUGGACGUGCAGCAUUUACAGGAAACUAUCAGUGGAUUCUUUUGAACAAUUUCACUAGAGAUGCAUUUCCAUCGGAGGUAUAUACUGAGUUGCAUUACCAAUUUUCAGCAGGAAUGCAGACAGUAGCAGUUAUUCCUGUACUUCCCCAUGGGGUUGUUCAACUUGGUUCUUUCUUGCCAAUAAUGGAAAAUCUGGGAUUUGUUAAUGAUGUGAAGAACUUGAUCCUGCAAUUGGGAUGUUUACCUGGUGCCCUUCUAUCUGAAGAUUAUUCAGCAAAACUUUCCAGCGAAAUACAUGCUGGGCCUGUGACUGUUGAUCCACCAGUCAUUACUUCAAACUGUGUCUCCUCACUAACUAAUGGUUCCAACCAACUAAGUAAUUCAUCUCACGGUUCAAGAUCUGUUGCUCAACCACCUCGUUCUCUAAAGGGAGAAAUAAAUAAUUACCAAGCUUCUGUUUUACCACCUCAAACUCAUAACCCAAACCAGAUAUAUGAUAGUCUUUGCCAAUCAAAGGCUCGAUCGAUGAUCAGCACAAGUUUCUGUGGCCAACAAAAGAAGACAGUUGUGGAGGCUGAAGCUAAAGUGAUACCUGCAAAUCAUGAUUCAUGUCUGCAACAGCAUACUGUCCAUUAUGCCAGACCUGCAUUCAAUGAAUUGGCUAGUUUUGGUAAAUUAAAUCUAAAUAACUGCAGCCUUAAAUAUAUGGAACAACAAAUUUUAUCAGCAGUUGGGGGACAAAGUCAUGUUAACCCAAACUUGAAUCCAUUAAAUGCCAUCAAUAUGUCUCAACAGAAGACAGAUGGAGGCCAAAUGCUUGAACCGAUUGAGAGUUCUGGUAGCACUUCACUACUUGGAGGAAUCCCAAUAUGUAGUGGAAUGGGUAAUAUUUUGAGGACAAAUAUGAUUAACUGCUCAGUUUCAAACCCUCCCAAAGUAUCCACUGCAGAUUUUUCUUCUACACAAAAAGUUGAGUUUGGAGUUCAAAAUGAUAAUUCAACUAAUGCUGGCCUUUAUUCUGUGCCUAAUUUGACUAAUCCAUCAGUUACCAGUCACCUGCGUCUAGAUGGCACCAAUCAGAAGCAUGCUUGUGAUGCUUUGGCUUCAACAGAUCAAAGAAUAGGCAAUGAUUUGUUACAGGCACUUAAAAUCCCACCUCUUCAUCUUGAGGAGCAUGUGCCUAUGAGCGAUCAUAUCCCUGGUUUUGUUGACGAUUGCCUCAAUAAGGACAUUACUAGUCAACAUAUGAUGAAAAUGAAUGUUAAGCAUGAAGAAGCAUGUACUCAACUUUCAUCUGGUGAUGACCUCUUCGAUGUUUUAGGUAUGGAUUUCAAAAGGAAUCUACUGAAUGGAGACUGGAAUAAGUUGCUUGCCAAUGAUUUAGAAGCUAAUGCAGAACAUCUGGAUAAAAAGACAACACGAAUGAAUUUGCAAGGUAUAGGUCCUGAUAAGAGUUAUUCAGUUAAUGAAGCAAUAUCAGAGAGUGGCAUCUUCUCUGGGACUGGCUCUGACCACCUUUUAGAUGCCGUGGUUUCAAAAGCUCAAUCUGCUGUAAAACAGAAUUCUGAUGAAAUGUCUUGCAGGACAACAUUGACAAGAAUUAGUACCACCUCUGUUCCCUCUCCUUCUUGCAAGCAGGUUAUGUCUGAUCAAGUCCAGGGGAGAUUGUUUGAUUUUCCUAAGAUGGAGAUUAAAACAGGCGCUGUGGAAACAAGUUCUCUAAGGUCUGGUUGUAGCAAGGAUGAUGCUGGAAACUGUUCUCAAACUACUUCCAUAUACGGGUCGCAGCUUAGUUCGUGGGUUGAGAAUGGUAGCAAUGUGAAGCGUGAAAGUAGUGUUUCAACUGGAUACUCUAAGCGGCCAGAUGAAGUCUGCAAAUCGAAUAGGAAAAGACUUAAACCUGGAGAGAACCCCAGGCCUCGACCUAAAGAUCGCCAAAUGAUUCAAGAUCGAGUGAAAGAGUUACGCGAAAUUGUGCCAAAUGGAGCAAAAUGUAGCAUCGAUGCACUUCUGGAAAAGACCAUCAAGCAUAUGCUUUUCUUGCAAAGUGUGACAAAGCAUGCUGACAAGCUGAAACAGACGGGGGAAUCUAAGAUUGUUAGUAAAGAAGGUGGAUUGCUAUUAAAAGAUAACUUCGAGGGAGGGGCCACAUGGGCAUACGAGGUUGGCUCACAAUCAAUGGUUUGUCCUAUCAUUGUUGAGGAUCUUAAUCCUCCUCGUCAGAUGCUAGUGGAGAUGCUUUGCGAGGAACGUGGCUUCUUUCUAGAAAUAGCCGACCUAAUCAGAGGGCUAGGUUUAACCAUCUUGAAGGGGGUCAUGGAAGCUCGCAAUGACAAGAUCUGGGCACGCUUUGCUGUUGAGGCAAACAGGGACGUAACGAGGAUGGAAAUUUUCAUGUCGCUGGUUCGACUCUUGGAUCAAACAGUGAAGGGUGGUGCAUCUUCAUCCAAUGCAAUUGAUAACAAUAUGAUGGUGUAUCAUUCUUUCCCACAAGCUACCCAGAUACCAGCAACUGUUUGGAGAAGGAUGAGUUUAGUUAGUGAAGAGCAUCUCAAGAUUAAUAUGGCAUUUGUACAAUGUAUAUGUAUGUUUUCUCUUGUGUCUGCCAAGACAAACUUAUCAUGUGUUGGCAAUGUCUGUCUACUGAUGCUUUAGGCAACUCUAAGAUUACUUGCAUCCAUUUUUACCUGUGUGAGUAAAUUUCCAUUGGUGGGUGCUUGUGGCUCUGCAGUGGUUGUGAUUCAGAUGUAUAGAUGGUUUGUGUAGGAUUUGGAAAGGAGGAGGUCUUGUGUUUGACUAUCAUGCUAUGCAUUUAUUCCUCCUUUUUUAUUUCUUCUCCAUGUUUUUUCUUGGAGUGUAAUGGUUAUGUUGGCUGUGUCAUAAUAUACCAAUUUUAUUAAUUAAUGUAAGCUUUCUGUGGUUUGUG